UAUCACGGAAAAGAACCUUCUUCGGCGUUUACACAGACUGAAUAAAUUAAGUGGAAAAGAUUGGUGGCCAUUUUCAGAUCGUUGUUAAAUAAUGGGUCCGCGGUGUUUCCUAUUGCUGGUUUAAGCGUUUUAAGGGCGGAAGUUGCUCAACCAAAACAUUUGUACGUGUAACGUAAUUUUUCAUUGGCUUGUGCAGCACAACAGAAAUCCGCCAAAGGAUCUGUAAGCAGUUAUUUUCUGGGAACAUUUGCAGUCAGUGACUAUGAGCAGUGAGCUCAAUGUGCCGAUGGGCUCCCCAACCCCAGGGGCCUCAGAGCGAAUGCAGGAUGAUGGGGGAAUGGACUAUAGAGAUUGGGUGCGGCGCAGUUACCUGGAGCUAGUUAGUUCCAACCACCACUCAGUGCAGGCCCUGUCUUGGAGGAAACUCUACUUGAGUCGGGCCAAGCUGAAAGCUUCAAGCAGGACAUCUGCGCUGCUCUCUGGAUUUGCAAUGGUAGCUAUGGUGGAGGUGCAGCUGGAGAUGCAAUACAACUAUCCACGUGUACUCCUCAUUGCCUUCAGUGUGUGCACUACAGUGCUGGUUGCUGUUCACCUCUUUGCCCUUCUAAUAAGCACCUGCAUCCUGCCCAACGUGGAGGCAGUCAGCAACAUCCACAAUCUCAACUCCGUCAGUGAAUCACCUCAUGAGCGCAUGCACCAUUAUAUUGAGUUGGCCUGGGGCUUCUCCACAGCAUUGGGCAUCCUCCUGUUCCUGGCUGAAGUGGUGCUCCUUUGUUGGAUCAAGUUUUUGCCUGUAGACUCAGGUGGGGCCAACCAGGUGGCCCUUGCAGCUGCUGAGUUGGCUCUUGCUACAUUGAACUGCAGUACCACCUUAGGUAGCAGGGAAGUAAAGCCUCCAAAGCCCACUGCAUCCGUGAAGCACAGCGGCUGGCAGGCUGCACUGGCCUCCACCAUCAUUAUGGUCCCGGUUGGGGUGAUCUUUGUUGUGUUUACCAUCCACUUCUACCGCUCCCUGGUGCGCCACAAGACGGAUCGGCACCACCAGGAGAUUGAGGAACUGCACAAGAUUAAGGUGCAGCUGGACGGCCAUGAGAGAGGCCUACAGGCUGUGUGAAAUUAUGAAUUAUGAAAUUUUCUCAUGACCAGCUAAAAGGAAGUUUUAAGGAAUUCCCUUCUUUGCCCAUAUUUAUUAACCCUUUUUCCUCUUGGACAUUUGUUCUUGGCAUUGUUAAUGACUUGCUUUGAUUCCUGGGCAAACAUAAAAGCUUGUCACUUUUUUAGUUUGGGUCUGUUAACUUAUUAAGGUCAUGGAUGUGUUACAGCAGUGGUUCUCAAUCAAGUCCUUAAGUUCAUUACAUUCACCUCUUGUUCCAGUUGUAAAAAUUUCCUGACUGAAGGCUCCCUUCAAGGAACAACACAUAAAUCUAGUACCUGGCAGAAUAGGAAACCAGCUGUACUGGUGAUACCUGGGGACUGAAAUGAGAACGUUGUUUUACAGGGUUCAUGUGCUCGAGUGUUGUUGUCUUGUCUGGCACUACAUUUUUGAAUUUGUGAAUUUGUGUGGGCUUUCAAUUCUAUGAACACUUCAAAAGUUUAAAAGAAUAAGGGCUAAUGUGUUCCGGUUCAGCUAUCUUUGUCUCAUCUCUGUGGGGUUUUUUUUUCUUCCAAAGGAUGUAGUGAAUACAGAUAGGGCUUCUGAGUUUCCUAUCAGGAUUCAGAUUUUUUUUGUGUGAAAAAAACCUGCUUGUUGUCACCUGCUAAGGUUUAUACAACCAAGUGUGUGAACAACACACAACUAAAGGCGCUCACAUAGUCUAUAAGUACAAGGCGCAUACACUGCGGACGGACCACACCUUUUCAUAGUCUUUUCAUAGUCUAGUUGUACCAACGCAUACCCAAGGCCUACAUUUCCCACAAUCUUUGCGCGUCGUUUUCCUUUUCCGCCGAAAGUUGCAGACUGUAAACAACAUGGCGCUGUCCUCGGAUGGGGAAGAAGAGCUGCUCUGUUGCCAGGCUAUGUUGGAAAGACAAACCUCUCGGAGAUGGUAUGUUCGAUCACUUAACGAAGGGAGGGAUAGAGAGGGGAAGUUCAGCAUGUUGGUGAGAUAUAUGAGGAGUACGGAUGAGGAAGAACAUCGUCUCCAUAUUGUAUAAAAGUUGUAAAUCCACGAAGAAGAAACUAAAGAAGUUUUCCGGCGCUACACGAAAUGCAUGUGGAUCUGAAACAGUUUCAUGCCGAACCAUGUUUUGUGUGACACUGGUAUGCGAACGCUAGAUACGCGCGGUCACAAAAAUUGAGUUUCGCGCAGACCUGGGCAGGCGGACGUACACUGAGGUCCACUAUUGCAUAAUUUUAGCCCACGUGGACCCCAGCGGAGUACGGUCCAUGUAUGGUAUGUCAAGACUAUGAACUGGCCUUAAGUGUGGUAUGUGGAUCAGGGUGGAGAAGGGCAACAUGGGAAUUUUGGCUCUGGUUGGUAAUUUUCUCAUAACUGCCAGUUGAAGGUCUAAUUCUAAAUGUAUUGUUAUCUAGUUGUCUGGAAAAAUAAUGGCCAGCAAAACUGAAUUUAUUAAUGUACUGGCCAGUGGAUAAAAACGCCCGAUGCCGUAAGAGGAUCACAUUUGUAUAUCUGAGGAACAAACACAAUUUUUACACAUUCACAAUCAAACACAAGCCUUAACAUAGGAUGUUGGUCAUUUGUUUGUCUGGAGAGGAUAUGUCGUCGUAAAGACCAUAUAAAAAGUGACAAAUAUGGAGCUGGUGCCUCAGUUUAAGGAACCGUUUACUUUAUUCUUGCAUUGCAUUCUAUAUUCAGCAUUGUGUUUCUACGUUGUUCUGUGCAUGCCAAUGAAUAGAGAAAUGCUUUUACAAAAGGAUUUAACUUUUCUCAAAUUGAUUUACUGUUGUCAAAAACAAAUUACUCACAGUUUAAAAUUAGCAUAUCAGAUGGACCUUGCAUAAUCAGAUGGAUAAACACGUAAUGAUUUUAAAUAAUACAGUGGCUAAUAGAUUGUAGGUACGGAGAAGCAAGCUGGAACAGUACCUUCUCCAUAUCCAAACACACGUAGGUAUCCUCUUCACUUCUUUCAUAUUUACUGUGCUCAUUGGAUAUAAAAGAUCAUAUUAAAACAAGUUGUCCCUCCUAAUCUCACUAAAACUGCUUACUGAUGCAUGUUGAAGUACUGACCUAAAA